AUGGCAGCUGAGCCACUGGUAGCUCAUCUCCGACCACCAGACAAAAUCCUCGAGGGACACACAGUUAACACUGGUUCCAUUCGGAUUGUUUCAACAAACGGAGAAAAAUCAUACUUAAAUGUAAUCAAAGAUUCAAAUCUCACAAAUGGGGGAAACUCCAAUUCCAGGAAUGAUGACUUGGAGAAAACAACAAAUAAUUAUUUGGGGAGGAGUAAUCCAAAUCAAAGUGACAAGGAGAACUCUGAUCCGAAACAAAAUGUUAGGUUACGUAAAGGGGAUGAUGAAGUAACAAUGUGCAUAAAUACUUCCCAACUGGUGAAUGUGGCUGACAACGAUGAUAUUCAGAACUAUGAGGAAACUCCAGAGCACGAAAAUCAGAGUCAACCUCAACAUCAAACUAAACUUAUAGGGGCAAUCAGUGUCUCAGAUUCAAAGAUUGAGGAAGAAAAUAACUUGAAGGCCUCAUUAGAGGAUCACACUGGUAAGCUUACUAAUGCUCAAAUUUCCAACAAUAUGUCUACUAAGGAUAAGGAUAUUGCUGGUCCUAGUAAAGCCGUGCAUAACUAUGGGAGUGAACCUGGUAGGAAGGAAGAUAAGGGAAAAAACAAGGUCGUAGAGAAAACCAAUCAGAAACCUUAUGUCCCUAACAACACCACUCUCCAAGUAUCCAACAACUUCAAGACUUUCAAGCCUAACAAUAACCCUUCAAAAAAGGUAGACACAAAAAACACUAAUGACAAUCACCAGCCAGCACACAAAGGUCCCAUACAACCUAAACCAAAAGCUACUGUGAAUCCUGCACCACCUCAUCCUAAUAUCCCUCAUUCUCUGACUACCAAUCUUUUUUUUUGA